CACACACACACACAAGCGAGAGAGAGGGGAAGAGAUGGCGACGGCGUCGUUUAGGUGGUUACUACAGCUACACAAGGACGUACCCAAAGCUGCUCGGUUCUACUCAGAGGGGUUGGAUUUCACCGUCAGUGUUUGCACUCUCCGUUGGGCUGAGCUCCAAUCCGGCCCUCUCAAACUCGGCCUUAUGCAAUCCCACAAUGAUCAUGUCAUGCAGAAUGGAUACUCUUCACUUCUAUCAUUCACAGUGACCGACAUUAACAGUACAGUGACAAAAUUGAUGGCAUUAGGAGCUGAACUAGAUGGCCCCAUCAAAUAUGAGAUCCACGGAAAGGUUGCAGCCAUGCGAGGUCUUGAUGGCCACAUGUUAGGCCUCUAUGAACCAGUUUAAGUAUAAUAGAAAUGAGUUCCUUCUGAUUCUAGCA